AUGCCUCAUUUUCCUGAAGAAAUCGAAUACAGUGAUAAAUAUUAAGAUGAAUAUUAUGAAUAUAGGCACGUUAUAUUGCCAAAAGCAUUAUUUAAAAAGAUUCCUAAGGGUAGAUUAUUAGAAGAAAUGGAAUGGAGGUCUUUAGGAGUUUAAUAAAGUAGAGGAUGGGUACAUUAUGAAGUACAUAAACCAGAACCUCAUAUUUUAUUGUUCAGAAGGCCUUUAGGAACUGAUUUAUAAACUGGAUUACCCCCUCCUGGAUUUAAAGCACCUUAUUGA